AGCGACGCCCCAUGACAUUUCAUUGCAAGACAUCGGGCACGCGACAACACAAGCAACGCAGCUGUCCUACCAACAGGAUCAGGACACUCACCUCUAUAGCAAGGAACGGCCGCAGCAACAGCAACAGCAAGAGUGACUGUGAAGUCAAACGAGAAAUUCGAAAUUCGGUGUACUUUGUGAAAUUUUGUCAGUGGCGCAACGGUGUAUUCGUAAACGGGCUAGUGAACGUGCUGGUUGUGGCGGGAAAAUAAAUAAACUGAAUUUUAAAAAAUAUUUCUUGCGUAAAUAACCAUUAAAAUUUCAAAAGCUGUUAGUGACCAGUAGUGUAUAAACGCAACGUCGACAGCAUUAAAGGUGGGCACGUGCGCUAAUUAGCAGCUCCACAAUCAGUAGCGCCCACACGGCUUGCGUAUGGCGCUGAGCAUACUCAGCUACAACCUGCCGCAAGGCCUAAAGAUGAGCACCAACAAUGGCAUUAACAAGAGCAGCGCUAAUGCCAGUGCCAGUUCGCCCACCGAUAAUGAGAAUGCGCCCAAUAACAGCAACGGUGGACGUACAACCAUCAGCCUUGGCAAGUCCUUCAGUCGCAUCACCAUGCAAAAUGUUUUGAGUGAGAGUAGCGGUAAUGCGCUGAAUAUCAGCAACAACAGCAAUGUUAACACGAUCGUACGCAAGAUUAAAGAUUUCGGCAUGUACGCGAGCGUAAAUAAUGCGGGCGCGCUGAGCACCACAAUGACUGGACGCAAGCGCACGGCUAGCGAGGCGGCUAAAGGAAAGACGGAAGCUAAAGCAAACGAAGGCAAAACGGAAAAACCCAAGGUGCCCAAUAAGCGCCUAAAACUUGCGAAUAAAGCUGAAAAUAUGCGAGAAAAACCGCCAAAGGCCGUAAUCACGAAAGCUGCAGCCACAAAUCCCAACCGUCCAAAGUCAAAUACGCCUGGUGCGAAGAAACCCGCUGGCACACCCGGUCGCAAGGGUUUACCACUACCACAGGCGGUGGCACGACGUAAUGCGCGUGAGCGCAAUCGAGUUAAGCAAGUGAAUAACGGUUUUGCCGCAUUACGUGAUCGCAUACCCGAAGAGGUGGCUGAAGCUUUCGAGGCGCAAGGCAAUGGACGUGGCACAGUGAAGAAGCUCAGCAAAGUGGAGACGUUGCGCAUGGCUGUCGAGUAUAUACGCAAUUUGGAGCAUCUACUCGGCUUUGACUUCCCCAUAGGCAGCGAUCGUGGUCUAUCGCUCAUGCAUGGUGGUUCGUCAAGUGAUGAUAGUUUUACAUUCAUUAAAGACGAAUUCGAUGCGCUCUCCCCACCACUGGACGACAACACUUUUGAUGAUUCUCUGAGCAACUAUGAUGUCGAUGAAUAUUUGAAUAGCACAGACUUUGGCAAUAAUCAAACGAUCUCACAAUCAGACAUUAGCGCUACCGAUGCAAACGCCUACGAAAUGGAUCUACUACCAAGUCUAACGACCAUCAAUGGCAUGCAGUAUAUACGCAUACCCGGCACCAAUACUUAUCAGCUGCUCACGCCGGACACACUUUUCAUGGGCAAUACGCCGCACUCGCCGCCAAACUCGAGUCUUGAUGAUGAGUCCUUUCAAACCUUAAUCGACACUAAUUGCCUAAGUCCUGUGGCAACAACAUCAUCACCGCAUAUUUCGCCAUCAUCUGCAACGUCAAUUAACGCUGCACCUGCCGCAACUGCAGCGUCGUUGGUAGAAGCGGCAGCCGCCUUACAGCAACGACAGCGUCCUGCUGGGGACUUGGUCGACGAGUGUGUAAAUGUAGCGGUUGCCAGCACAUUAUCGCGAUCGCCGGUGCAAUCAUCCCCAACACAGCGCUUAAUAUUAAAUCAACAACAACAACAACAACAAGAGCACCAACAAUAUCAGCCACAAACACCAACGCAGGGGUCGUCCAACUUAUCACCUGCCGAUAAUGAUGCACUUUUAUUACAGGCGUGUGCCACAACGAGUGCCACCGCCGAUGAAGUCGAUGGUAAUGAGUGCCGCACUGCGAACGAACGCCAACGGUUUGUCGUGGCAUUGGCAACCCCUACAACGCUGUCACUGCCCUCGCCGCACGCGAUUAAACAGGAAUUUAAUGAUACAUUAACGGACUUUGUCCCCUCCAAUACGACGUCUUCGUCCCAGCAUAUGUCCGCGGGCGGUGCAAUGGUAUUCCAACAACAUCAGCAACAACAACAGCAACAGCAACUGCCACACAGUUUAUUACUUAGUCACGCGCCUUUGUCCACAAUGUCGCCACCGUUGGAACGUUGCCGGUCAAGUGUCACACCGUCAUCGCAGCUAACAACAACUGCAAGCACAUCUCCCACAUUGUUGUUUGUGCCCAACGGUGCAACAACCCCCACAACACCGGGCCUGCCAUCAUUCUACGACACCGACGCGGAUAACACUUUCUAUGAGACCGCGCACAUAUCCUUCAAGAAAGAAUACCAAGACGCUUUGCUCGAUGUGGCGGCAACAACAAAUACAAACGACGUGGUAAGCGGGCUGCCCGACGAGAAUAUCAUCGAGGUGUUGGACUGGUGGGAAGCGCACACACCGAAAUCGGAUGGUGGUGUAGCAUUGCUGUAGAAUUAGAGCAAUUAGUGGUUGUUGCUGAGGUGGGGUAAUGGGGGAAAUUUCUCUGAAAUUCAUCGCUUUGUUGCGAAAAUUGUUGAUGACGCUUACAUUUUUCGAAAAUGGCUCGAAUUAGUCAUAAGUUAUGUAAGGAUAUUUUCUCUUUUAUACAUAAAUUUAUUCCAUUAAGAUAAGUCUUUGUACAUAUUUAUAUACCCAGUACAUAUAUAUAUAUAUAUAUAUAUAACUUAUAAUUCUAUUAGUUAAUGCCAGUGUUAUAAACAAGACAAAAAA